UUUCUAUUUGUUGAAUCAUUAACAAUGAAAAACGAAUCCCAAAAUCGUUAUUUCAAGUAAGAAAAUAGAGUUUAUUGAAAACGCCAAAACAGCAAAACUAAAUAAUAAUAAUGGAAGAUUGAUGUGACAGGCCAACGAUUUGUCCUUUUAAUAAAGAACAAACCCUAACCAAAGACCUUAGUGAGGAGAGAGAUCUCAAACUUUUUGUUUCGUCAUUUCUGAUGGAUACGAAGGAUCUGGAGAGAAAGUUCCACAUGAUAGGAGGAGAUGGAGAAAAGAGUUAUGCUAGAAACUCUUCCUUGCAGAAGAAAGCAUCUGAUAUGGCAAAGCACAUAACACUAGAGACACUGCAACAACUCUACAAAGAGACAAGACCCAAGAGUUUAGGAAUAGCAGAUUUGGGAUGUUCUUCAGGACCAAACACUCUCUCCACCAUUAAAGAAAUAAUCAAAGCUGUCGAAGUUGCUCACAACAACGAGAUCUCAAACCAGCCCUUGCCGGAAUUGAGCUUCUUCCUUAACGAUCUCCCCGGAAAUGACUUCAACACCAUAUUCAAGUCUUUGCCUGACUUUCAUACAGAGCUCAAGAGAGAUAUCAACGAUGGAGACUUCCCAUCAGUUUUCAUUGCAGCCUACCCUGGAUCAUUCUAUGGAAGGAUCUUCCCUGAAAAGACCAUCCACUUUAUCUAUUCCUCUUACAGCUUACACUGGCUUUCCAAGGUUCCUCCAGCUUUGUAUGACAAGGAAGGCAAGUCCAUAAACAAAGGUUGUGUUAGUAUCUGCUCAUCGAGUCCUGAAGCUGUUUCCAACGCUUACUACAGUCAAUUCAAGGAAGAUUUCUCCAGUUUCCUCCGGUGUAGGUCAAAAGAGUUGGUUGCUGCAGGCAGAAUGGUGCUCAUAACCCUUGGAAGAGAAGGUCCCGCUCAUGUAGAUAGAGGAAACUCUUUCUUCUGGGAACUUCUCUCAAGAUCCAUUAUGGAUCUUGUUGCACAGGGAGAAACUGAGGAAGAGAAGCUUGAUUCUUACGAUAUGCACUUUUACGCCCCGAGUGCUGCUGAGGUAGAAGGUGAAGUCAACAAAGAAGGGUCUUUUGAACUAGAGAGUUUAGAGAUGUUAGAAGUGGACGAUGAUAAAGAAAACGUUGAUGAUACAAGUUAUGGCAAUGCGGUUGCCAAGACGGUAAGAGCAGUUCAAGAAUCAAUGCUUGUUCAACACUUUGGGGAAAAGAUUCUGGACAAGCUGUUUGAUACAUAUGCUAGAAUGGUUGACGAGGAGUUGGCUGAGGAAGACAUAAGACCCAUCACAUUUGUUGUUGUCCUAAGAAGGAAGCUUUGAUGAAACAUGUAUGCAGGGGAUAUGAAAAGGAAAGCAAAGCCACAUCAAUCAUUGAUCAUUUACCACUUGAUAUAUGUAGCAUGGGCUCCAUCUCCAUCUAUUAUAGCUCUUUCUAAAAUACAUAUAUAUCACUUGCAAGUUGCAAUGUCGGUAAGUUCUUCAUAUUAGCUAACGGGAAAAAUGUCAUUAAAUACAUGAACUUUCAAAUU